GGAUCUUGCAUUUUUAUAUAAACUAUGACUGGGAAUGGAGCAAUAUUUGACCAUGCUGUCAUGUGUCAUAAAUGUGACCUGCUGUCGGAUGUGUUUGGGCCACACAAGCAUACACAAUUGCGUCCAAAAAUAGCGCCAUGUCUGAACACUACCAGCUGACUGACUUCUGCUUUGGUUGCAGCGAGGGAGAGAGAGGACGGGAGGCGGGGAGGGAGGGCUUGAACGCGGGGAGAGGAAAACUUUGAGCUCGGCUCUCCUCAAAAGCAAUGAGCGAAGUUCGCUAAAGGUCUUAUGGAUCGACUGGUCCGAGAGUUUCGCACCUGACGAUGGCAAACGGGAAUCAGACGGAGGUGUAUUUAUCCGAGCAGGUGAUCGUGCUGUUUUCGUGCGCCCUGUCCUUGCUGGGUUCCUCUCUGAUCAUCUUCACCUACAUUAUUUGGUCGGAUUUGAGGACAACACCAAGAAGGUUGCUGGUUUACCUCUCCGUGGCUGACUGGCUCUCCGCCGGCUCCUACGCCUAUGGGGUCUCGAGAGUUUUCCGCAGCGACUCGGUCGACUGCGUCGUUCAAGGAGCGAUAUCCACUUUCGCCAACACCAGCUCUUUUUUCUGGACCGUGGCCAUCGCUGUUUACCUGUACUUUUUCAUCGUCAGGUCCAGCCAGAGAGUCGCUGACAGCCUGGUGUUGUCCUUCCACUUCGUCAGCUGGGGCGUUCCUCUGGCCAUCACCAUCGCAGCCGUGUGCCUCAACAAGAUCGGUUACGAUGCGUCAGAGGUGUCAGUGGGCUGGUGCUGGGUCAGGAUCCACGCUCCGGACCGGGUCCUGUGGAUGCUGCUGACCGGAAAGAUCUGGGAGUUUCUGGCUUACCUCACCCUCCCCAUCCUCUACAUUUUGAUCAAGAGGCACAUCCACAUAGCGCAUGCUGCCCUGUCAGAGUACCGUCCCAUCCUGGCCAACAGGCCUCCAUCACACUCCUUCUCCUCCAUGGCUGACAUGAAGCUCACACUCAUUCCCAUCAUCUUCAUCAUCCUGCGCAUCUGGAGCACCGUGCGCUUCAUCCUGCUGCUAGCUGGCUCACCGGCCAGACAGAACCCAGUGCUGGUCACCUUACAUGGUAUCGGCAACACCUUGCAGGGAGCGGCCAACUGCACCAUGUUCGUUUUGUUGACUCGUCCGAUCCGCACUCGUCUCUGCACCGCGCUCUGCUGCUGCUGCACCAAGUGUCGAGCUGAGGUACAUCACUCUAACGAAGCCCCUCACAGUCUGCUACCUGAACAGGACGCCUCCAACCAGAGAGAAGAAGACGGCAGCGGCCGGGUCCGUACCGACAGAUGAAACUUCACCCUGCAGAGGAGGAGGUGGACGAAUGUUGACGUGAAGGGAGCAGCAGAGGUCUCCACUUCGCACUAAGACUCAUCACAGCGAGUGCCUGCCGGGAGGGUCGUGGAUUCUGCAGGUGACAUCUGUGUCGCACAACAGCACUUUGGGUGAUGGGAUGAUGCCGCCUGACUGUCGGCCAGCAUUCAGGGAAGCAUUUUGUCGCAUUCAAUGUGCUGCAUCUCGCACUUUAACCCUCUGAACCCCAAGACACCCGUUUAUCAGAGCCAGAGAUGAAAUAGUUGUAUGUUCAACUUUUUCAGCAGUUCAGUAAAGAAUCGUGUAUUUCCAUCGGGAAGAUGAACCAAAUCUAACCUUAAAACAACAAUAUUUCAUAAAAAUCAUGUUGAACAUUUCCAGUUUCACCCAAGUUUAAACGUUUACUUUCAGUAGACUCUGCAAACACACCUAAGAAGCUGAUAGUAACUCAAAAAACAUUCAAAACCUUUUAGGCUGAACUGCAGGCUGUGUUUACAUGAGGCAAACAUCAAAAAUAUAUGUAGUAGAAUAAUGACUUUUUAACUUGAAAAUAUAGUUUUUCAUUUUUUGUAAUACAAUAAAAUAAAUAAAACUGUUUUUUUCUGUUUUUAUUAUUUAUGGCUGUAUAAAUAUGUCAUACCCAUGAGCUCUCUCUAUAUUUAGGCCACAGUUGUGGUGUUCAUUGCAGUAAAUAAAUGAGCCCACAGUGAGUAAACGUCACACCCAGAAGCUGCUUGGAGUUCAGAGGUUUAAAAUGGAGGCUUCACGUUCAGUUGCUCUUCAUUUUCUGUUCCCUCUUUUGAAAAAUGUUACACUCCACAAAGGACUGUUUACCAUGCACUGCUGUGAGGUUAUCACUGUGAAAUAGUAUUGUAGUUUCAUUUGUAUUUUUGGAAAAAUGAUCAGUGUUAAGAUGAGUAAAGAAAAAACUUUAAAGCUUUAAAGCUG